AUGAAGCAAAUUUCCAUUUUUCUAUUCAUGUUCUUGGCAACACUUUACGUCGUUAAUAUUAAUGCUUUUCCAUAUCGACGUGAUGACGGCUUUGAAAAUGAUGGCUUUGUUUCAUGUGACCCACGUAUACCCCAAGAACUCAGCGUAUCUUUUACACCCAAUCCCCUAAUUUCGAAUGCCAAUGCUACGUUCGAAGUUGCUGGACAUUUCCUUAUUGAUCCUCCAAGAACAUUCAAUCUUGAUAUUAUUGUAUCUACAGAUACCCUCGAGACCCAUGACAGCAGUCCCGUAGUACCAGCAAAACUACUCGAAGCUGAAGAUCCAUUUGAUUUUUUUGAAACCCUUACGAUGCCAGCUUUAUCUGAAAACUUUAUGGUUCAAGUUUCAUUAAAUGCUAUCGACACGACUCUAGCAUGUUCAAACAGGACUGAAAUAUAUUUGCUACAGAACAAACGACGACGGUUACAGGACUUAUAG